GACAAAUGAUCACUCUAUCCUCAUUAAGGAGAUCUGAGUAAAGCACUUUUAAUUUUAGUGCUGCAUUGAUUUAAAGCGACGCGUAGUAAAGUUUAAAAAGCAGAGAGGGAGGAGAGAGAGAGAGAGAGAGAGAGAGAGCUUGAGAUUGUAUCUCGUUCUUGUGGUCGCAUCUCCACUGGACAGCAUCCGCGCGCUGCCGGAGAAUGAUGACGAGCAGCAAAACGACGCUUGCUUUCUUCAUCUACGGGCUGCUCGUGCACUGCAGCGUAUGUUCUCCUCUCAGCUAUCCAAACGUCAGAAUGGAGACUGCGGGAUUUGAUGAGGAGGGAAACUCAUUAGCGGAUCUUACCUUUGACAGUGACCAGAUCACUAUUCAGAGCUCUCCUUCAGUUUCUGAUGAUGCAUACACGUUAUUUUAUCCUCCCUCGAAAAGAAUGGAAAGGCACGCUGAUGGGAUGUUUAAUAAAGCCUACAGGAAAGCGCUCGGGCAGUUAUCAGCACGGAAAUACCUACAUGCACUGAUGGCGAAACGAGUGGGAGGAGGGAACACAAUAGAGGACGACAAUGAGCCGCUUUCAAAGCGUCACUCGGACGGGGUUUUCACGGACAGCUACAGUCGCUACCGGAAGCAAAUGGCCGUGAAGAAGUAUCUGGCCACGGUCCUUGGCAAAAGCCCUGAAGACUUAGAUUUGCACCAAUUUCUACAAGACAUAGACUUUGGUGUGUUCCUGGAUGGGGAUGAGAAUGUGGCAUUUUGGUUGGAUUGGCUGAUACAGGUCCCUCCUGAAUUCCCGGCUUUGUGACACAGGAGGGCAGCUUGCGGCUUUGGUGCCUUUGCUUCGUCUUUAAAAUGGCCACCAAUUUCAGAUGGCACAUUAGUGGCCCUUCAAUGCUGCAGUCACCUGCUCACAGCUCUCCUAUAUAAAUGGAUCAUUCGUAUCACAUAGCGAUUGCUUAAUGUCACCUGGCCCUUCUUUGUUUUAAUCUGACUCCCUUCACCAUGCCCUGUUAUUUGAUUAGCUUCACUAAACGUAGUGUGUUCAAGCUACCUGUAUAGCGUUCACUACAUCCUCACCCUUGAAAUUCAUUUUUGUGUGUGUUUAGACUGAAAGUGCCCAAAGCCUUACAUAAAUGUUACGAUAAAUCUAUAGAUGAAGAAAUCUCUGUGUCUUGUGUUGAUCAUUAAUACAAUAACACAUGGGAACCGC